AUGUCGGCCCGACCAACAGAAGCCCUACGGAUACAUUCACCGGCUUACACACCGAUCCGGCCCGGCAGAGACUGGUCGGUGAUUUUUGAACCACGUCCACCCUUGGACCUGGAGGCAAGUCAGCAUCUGAAGUACACCGAGACUGGAAUCACGACCUCGAGACCUCGACAAGUAUCCUGUCUUUCCAUCGUUGACUGCAGUCGACUCGAGAAGCAAGCUUACGAGCUGGCCUUCCUGCCGGGCUCUCGGGACCCAUGUGGCUGGUUCACCGUCGUCGUCCGAGGGGUGGCUGGGCUCCUGCGGGGCCGUCGACCGUUUGACAACUCACUGAGGAACCGGAGCAAGUCCCGUCUUUCGUGGUACUCUGUAUGCCGACUUGAUGUACUGGCCACUUCAGGGAGCGGAUGCACUCAAUGGCUUGCUUCCCCUUGUGCUGUUGAGCGCGUAAGGUUGAUCUGCGAGGCUACUCUACAGGCAAGUCUCAUGAUCAUGAGUCUGAAUGACAUCCGGUUACAUGUCCAAGUCAUGGGAGUUGCCUCGCAACAUCUUCCUCUGGUGCUGGACGCUUGCGUCAUUAGAACGGCACAGAAGGAAGUCAUUGGCCAGCCGAAAGUGACCUACCAGAUCAUUACAACGAGGCUCCAGAACUAA